AUGUAUUCCUUCAUAUUAAUUCUCUUGGUCUCCCUAAUUAACCUUACAUUAUCAAGUCAUUCAAAUCCCGGUCAUCUAAAACCAUUUGGUACAGUAGGAUCAUUGAUAAAUAUUGAAGAAAUCAAUGGAGAAUAUCCAAAUAUAUUAAAAUUUUUUACAUAUUAUCUACCAAAAUCUGAACCAAUUCUAUCUCGUCAAGUAUUAAUUAACGAUCAGUAUUAUAAUAUAUGGAAAACAGAUGAACAACUUGAAAAUGAAGUUGAAGGAUUAUCAAAAGCAAAUAUUUAUGUUGAAUCAAUGACACAACGUCAACGAACUCAAAUGAAAUUUGCAGAAUUUUUUGAUAAAUAUCAAAAAGAACAUUUAUUUUUUGCUGAUAAUAUACCUGAAAUUCUUCGGUAA